CUGAGUCUCAGACCUCUCCGUCUAUCCGGAGCACAGUGGAGCAGCAGAAGUCCUGUCGGUUCCUCAGUGACGGAGAAGAUGAUCUGCUGGAUCCUGCUGCUCAUCAUCCUGACCUCCUGUGUCUGUGUAGGAGCAUUUGUAGUGACAGUGACACAGAGCUCCUAUCAGGCAGAGGAGAACCACAACGUCACACUGGAAUGGAGGUUCACACCCAAACCUGACAGCUCCUCCAACUCCCUUUAUAUCUACUGUGAACUGAUCACUGAUCACAAAGCCUCCGUCCUGUAUCAUCUACAUGAGGGUGUUGAGGUCCCAGAGUCUCAGGAUGAACAGUUUUCAGGACGAGUCCAGUGCAACAAAGACGUCCUCAGAGAGGGACGAAUCAGACUUCAUGUGUCCAGACUCAGGACUGAGGACUCAGGCCUGUACCGGUGUGAUGUGAAGACAGAUGAUGAUGUGAGCAAUGACAAAUGUCAACUCAACGUCAGCACAGCUGCUGAUCCCCCCAAACCUCACAGACCAACUGUGAGCCCACAACCAGAGUGUCGGGGAAGGAUUGGUCUCUAUGCUGGACUGGGACUGGGACUGGUACUGGCAGCAGCUCUACUGGUCAAAUUCUGCUUUGCCUCAAGAGCCGAGGGAGGGAAAGAGAGAGAGAGAGGCUGGUUGUCCAUGAGGCUGCUUUUCCCUGCAGACCCAGUCAGACCUCUGACCUUUCACCUGUCUCACUGUCUUCAUGCACUGAGACAAACAGAGAGACAGACAGAGAGGGUGGGGUCACCUGAUUAGGGGAACUUUACCUGACUGAGGACGUCUCCUCUCUGGUUCAGGUGUUUACAGCCGACUGAGAGACGUUGCCUUUCAUUAUCUGUAAAAUAUGUACAUAUGUUAAAUAAAGCUUUAUUUAUA